CUGUCAUACACUCCACAUCUUCCUCCCCCCUCUACGAUUUGCUAUCCAAGUCCUGACUGGAUUUUGCACUCCCCAGGAUCUUGGUCCAGCCACAGGUCAGCGACACCCUGGGAUUUAUAAACUUUUGAUUGAAUCUGAAUCAGAAGUUUGCCUCUUUCUCUUGAGACCACUUCUGUACAGGAGUUUAAAACUCAGUUUGGAGUCAUGCCUCUCGCUGGAACACCUGCCCCUCCCAACAAGAGGAAAAAAACUACUAAAAUCAUCACUGACCUGUCACAUAUCACUCAGAAUGAGUAUGAGUCAGAGCCUGAGGCCUCCGAGUUUGACUUGGGGACGAAGAUCAGUACACCGAAAGAUGUAAUGCUGGAGGAACUGUCCCUGCUCAAAAACAAGGGCUCCAAGAUGUUCAAAAUGAGGCAGCUGCGUGUGGAGAAGUUCAUCUACGAGAACAACCCUGACGUCUUCAACAGUGAAUCUAUGGAUAACUUCCAGAAGUUUGUCCCUGGCAUUGGGGGCCAAAUGGUGGAUGUUGGUGGACGUCUUGUAGGUGGACGUCUUGUUGGUGGACAGAUAGUUGGUGGACAGAUAGUUGGUGGACAGAUAGUUGGUGGAGGUGGGUAUGCACCUGUGCCUCCUCCCAAACCAGGAAGCCGGGGUACAGGGGCAGGAAGCGGAGUUGGUGCAGGAGGAACAGCUGGUGGAGUGGGCGCAGGGGCAGGCGAGAGUGCUGGCUCAUCAGCUGAUGGCUCACAGAGUGCAGAAAGCACUAAGGCUGCUGCUUUAGCAAAAGAGAAGAAAAGAAAGGAACAUACAAAGACAUAUGUAUCACCCUGGGAAAAGGCCAUGAAGGGCAAUGAAGAGCUUAUAUCUACUAUGAAGCCAUACAUGCCAGGACCCUGUGCUCAUGGAGACCUGCCAAAAUACAAGAGUUUUAACAGGACGGCUGUGCCCUUUGGUGGCUUUGAGAAAGCUGCUCAGCUGAUGACCUUCCAGCUGCCGGAUAUCGAGGCAGCAGUAGAGGUGCGGGAGCCUGCAGUGGUGUACCACCAUGACGUACACUCAAGACCUUCCUUUAACCGCACUCCCAUUGGCUGGGUGGGCAGCGGAGACACAAGCAACAUCCACCUGCAGAUUGAUACCAUGCCAUUCGAUGGGGAGACUGACGAGCUGUGAGGAGUGAACAUCAUAAUCCUUCAAAAAGCUAACUCUAUAUUCACUUCCCCAUAUCUGCUUUGCAUUGCCUCUAAACCACCUGUUCUCUAUUUCUUUCUUUCUUUCUCUCACUCUCCCUCUUUCUCUCUCUCUCUCUCGCUCUCUCUCUCUCACACACAGUGCUUCCAUAUGUCAUUUCAAUACAAUAUAUUUUUAAUAUAUGCUUCAACAUCAGUGGAUCACUGUGUGUGAAAUCAGCCCUGAUCCAUGUGACCAUGUGUCCUGAUCCAUCCACUGUUCAAAGUGUGAUACGUGGUUGUGAGACUGAAAAUUUCUGUAAAGAAAAUGUACAAACAGCCAACAAACUUAUUAUGGCUACAAUCAAACUGAGUCCUAGAGUCUUAAUGUACUAAUUUGACCUAUAUCUCUUGACCGUCUGUGUCUUUACAUACAAAAUCCUGCUAUGCACAUGUGCUCUAAUGAGAUUUAUGUGUGGAUACGUGAGUAGCCAAAUUAUCACUGGAGAGCUCUAGUACAGAACAUCCACUACUAAAUUGUUGUUAGUUAGCACCUGAUAUUCACUGGAACUUGAGGAAAGUAUUUACUUUUAAAGCUGUUUAAUUAAGUGAAAGACAUCUUGGUUGUUGUUGAUGAUGAUGAUGAUGAUGAUGAUGAUAAUGUGAGUAUGCAACCUGUUUGCCUACUGUUGUUUGGCAUGUUGAUAUAAUGAAUUAUAAGAGUUUAACAUGACCCCUACUUAAUAAAUAUUUGAUAGCUGA